UCGCCUAGCAACCAGGAACAACAGUGGCCCAGAGCGCGCGCCGGCCGCAGCGGGUACAGUUCUCCAGGUCUGAGGAGCCGCUGCUCUGAGGGAUCUCCUGGCAGAAUGGGUAAAAAGAUAAAGAAGGAAGCAGAACGUCCUCCUAAGGAUGUGUUUGAUCCAUUAAUGAUUGAAAGCAAAGAAGCAGCAACUGUGGUGUUAAUGCUUAAUUCUCCAGAAGAAGAAAUUUUGGCUAAAGCAUGUGAAGCCAUUUAUAGAUUUGCUUUAAAAGGUGAAGAAAAUAAAGCUACCCUCCUUGAACUUGGAGCUGUGGAACCCUUAACUAAACUGCUCACCCAUGAAAACAAAAUUGUAAGGAGAAAUGCUACUAUGAUAUUUGGAAUCCUGACUUCUAACAAUGAUGUAAAAAAAUUGUUAAGGGAGUUAGAUGUCAUGAAUUCUGUCAUUGCUCAGCUUGCUCCAGAAGAGGAAGUGGUUAUCCAUGAGUUUGCCAGUCUUUGCCUGGCGAACAUGUCUGCAGAGUAUACCGGCAAAGUGCAAAUAUUUGAGCAUGGUGGGUUAGAGCCACUCAUCAGACUGCUGGCCAGCCCAGACCCUGACGUGAAGAAGAACUCUACUGAGUGCAUUUACAACUUGGUCCAGGAUUUUCAGUGUCGAGCUACACUUCAAGAACUAAAUGCAGUCCCCCCUAUAUUAGAUCUCUUGAAGUCAGAAUAUCCAAUUAUUCAGUUGUUGGCUCUCAAAACCUUAGGUGUUAUUACAAAUGAUAAGGAGGCACGGGCGAUGCUAAGGGACAAUCAAGGAAUGGACCACCUUAUUAAAAUCCUAGAAACUAAGGAAUUGAAUGACCUUCAUAUAGAAGCACUUUCCGUGAUAGCAAAUUGCCUUGAAGAUAUGGAUACUUUGGUGCUCUUUCAGCAGACAGGGGGUCUUAAGAAGCUCCUCUCAUUUGCAGAAAACUCUACAAUUCCUGAUAUUCAGAAGAACGCAGCAAAAGCAAUAACUAAAGCAGCUUAUGAUCCUGAAAAUAGAAAACUCUUUCACGAACAAGAGGUCGAAAAAUGCCUUGUGGCCCUUUUGGGUUCUGAAAAUGACGGAACGAAAAUUGCUGCCUCCCAAGCUAUUUCGGUGAUGUGUGAGAAUUCAGGCAGCAAAGAAUUUUUCAAUAAUCAGGGGAUUCCACAGUUAAUUCAGUUGCUCAGGAGUGACAGUGAAGAAGUAAGGGAAGCUGCGGCCCUCGCCCUAGCUAAUCUGACCACAUGCAACACGGCGAAUGCAAAUGCUGCUGCUGAAGCUGAUGGUAUUGAUCCAUUAAUAAACAUGCUGUCCAGUAAACGAGAUGGAGCCAUUUCCAACGCUGCUACAGUAUUAGCGAACAUGGCAAUGCAGGAGCCCCUGCGUGUGAGCAUACAGAACCACGAUGUCAUGCACGCCCUCAUCAGCCCACUCCGUUCUGCAAACACGAUCGUGCAGAGCAAAGCGGCUCUCGUGGUGGCUGCAACCGCAUGCGAUGUUGAGGCCCGGACAGAGUUAAGAAAUUCAGGCGGCCUGGAGCCGCUGGUGGAGCUCCUGCGCUCUAAGAAUGCAGAAGUGAGAAGGCACGCCAGCUGGGCGGUGAUGGUCUGCGCCAACGAUGAGCUGAUGGCUGUUGAAUUAUGCAGGCUUGGGGCUUUAGAUAUCCUUGAAGAAGUUAAUCUAUCAGUAAGUCGAAAAAAUAAAUUCAGUGAGGCAGCUUAUAACAAAUUGCUCAACAACUACCUGUCUCUGAAAUAUAGCCUGACUGGCUAUUUGUCAUCAAGUAACAUAAUUAGUGACGGAUUCUAUGAUUACGGUCAGAUAAAUCCCGGCACCAAACUUUUGCCUUUGAAGGAUCUCUGCUUACAAGAACCAAGUGAUCUACGUGCUGUACUCUUAGUUAACAGUAAAUUUGACGUUUCUCCACCUCCAUGUAUGGAAGAUAAGUCAUCAGAUAUUGGUUAUGGACGGAGUAUUUCUUCCUCAUCUUCUUUAAGAAGAGCAAGCAAAGAAAAGACGAAUACUGGAUUUGGAUCUCCCACAGAAGACAAAUCAGAACCUACUUCUGGACGAAAUACUGCUCUUAGCAAAAGCACCACUAAGGAGAAAAGAUCAAGGAAAGACCGAGGGAAAAAAGAAGAGGAAAAAGUGAAGGAGGAAGAGGAGUUUGUGGCAGCCCCAAAAUUGGCCGGAGAAGGGAGCCCUGAUAAAGAAUGGUACCCUCCCUCCGACCCGGGCUUCUGUGUUUAUGUGUAUGAAGUGACCAAGUCAAUAUUUCCCAUAACCAAUAUUAAGGAGCAGAUUGAGGCUCUUGCAGAGUAUGUGGCAGAAAAAAUGGGCGGUAAAGUUUCAAAAGAGAAACUACAUGAUUUCAGCUGGGAACUUCAUAUAAGCGAACUAAAAUUUCAACUUAAAUCCAAUGUUAUACCAAUUGGACUGAUCAAAAAAGGAAUCUUCUACCAUCGAGCUUUGCUUUUCAAGGCGCUGGCUGAUAAAAUUGGCAUUGGCUGCUCUCUGGUUCGUGGGGAGUAUGGCAGAGCCUGGAAUGAAGUUAAGUUGAUGAAUGAAUCUCGUAAGGGACUGAUUGAGGCUCUCCCUCCCCCUGAGGUGUAUAUCGUUGACCUCAUGUUCCAUCCAGGCGAGUUGAUGAAGUUAAGAAGUAAAGAGGCAGAUCUUUACAGAUAUCUCUAAGGUACCAAAUGAACAAAAAGGGGUUCACACAAGAAGUGCAUUAUAUACACUUCUUACGAAGUUCACCAAUUGAUUUUAUUUCUUUAAAUAAAAGUAUUAGAAAUGUUCUCUCUGUGUAGAAAUGAGGACACUUGGAUUGAACUUGGUGGUGGUGGUGGUUCUGAUUUCAGGUUCUUGGCAAGAGUUCAGUCUGAUUAGAUCCUAUUAUGCUCACUGUCCCUCAUGUAAAGUUUAUUAUUGUCAAAAUUAAUCCACCCCACUAUUUCCCGAGGAGCCUCUCUGCCCUUUGGGAAUCAUGUGGUAAAGCACCCAGCUGCCGGCCGCUGUUCCUGGGACAAUACCGUGGCCUCAUGCCUGUCAUUCUUCACGCCCAGAAUGGUUCAGGAACACUUGGUUAAAUAAACUCAGUAGUAUUUUUUUUUUUUAAAGAUUUUACUUAUUUAUUUGACAGAGAGAGAGACAGCGAGAGAGGGAACACAAGCAGGGGGAACGGGAGAGGGAGAAGCAGCCUUCCCGCUGAGCAGGGAGCCCGCUAUGGGACUCGAUCCCAGGACCCUGGGACCAUGACCUGAGCCAAAGGCAGACGCUUAACGAUUGAGCCACCCAGGUGCCCCGUAAACUCAAUAGUGUUUUAUGUCUUCAGUCACCUUGUCCCACUUUCUUAAAGUCAGAUUAUUGAUAGUUCGAAUAUGUAUAGAUCGAUUUUAGUAUUACAAAUUCCUUUCUAAAAUUUUUUUGUUCACACUUAAAACAACGUAUUAUUAAGAACACUGUCUAAUAUACUUCACUGAACUAAAAAUCUUUCUAAAACCCAUUCCCAUAAACUGUGUUUGUCUUUGGUCCUAUCUUUGUUUUACUUGAAGAUAUACCUCCAGUUAAAAACAAUUCUGAUUUGCUUCUACACAUUUUCAU